AUGUCCUUCGUCCCCUGCAUGUCGGCCAGAUACUCUGCGAGGCCCCUUCUGAGCCAUGGCUUGAGGGGCCAACUCGCGGCGCCAACCGCCCGCGCCGGUCGGAGCUUCUCGGCAACGGCCACUCGGCGGAGCGGCUUCCAAGCCAACGCCAGCGGUUCGGCCAACGCCGUGCAAACUGGUUGGAGCGGAAGGUCAGUUUUGGCAGUUGCUUUGGCCACAGGUACAGUCGGAUGGGGUCUUGCCAGCUCGAUCAAGGGCGACUCCGCCAGCGCUGGCUUUCUUCCACUAGGCGGCGGUUUGCUUUCCCCGGAGAGCCAAUCUCGUCCGAUAAAUUAUGCCACCAUGGCCGAGAUGGAGCAGGCCUUGAAGGAAAUUCGACAGGAGCUGGGUGGCGAGGACAUCAUCUCCACAGAUCCGGAAGACCUGCACGCUCACGGAUACUCCGAAUGGUCGUCAACCAACCCUGACGGUCUACCGGUUGCCGUAGCGUAUCCUCAUUCGACAGAGCAAGUGGCGACGAUUGCGCGAGUGUGCUUCAAGUACAACGUUCCCAUCAUCCCUUACUCGGGAGGCUCUAGCUUAGAAGGAAACUUUUCGGCCCCUUACGGAGGAAUCAGCGUCGACUUUGCCUUCAUGGACAAGGUCCUUUCAUUCAACAAGGAUGACAUGGAUAUCGUCGUACAGCCCAGCAUUGGAUGGCAGGACCUGAACGAGAAGCUCGCCAAAAUGGAGAGUGGUCUCUUCUUUCCCAUUGACCCAGGCCCGAGUGCCAAGAUUGGCGGAAUGAUCGGUACCAACUGCUCGGGUACUAAUGCGGUCAGAUACGGAACUAUGAAAGACUGGGUAAUCAACCUUACUGUUGUGUUGGCUGAUGGCACUGUGGUCAAGACGCGUCGACGGCCGAGGAAGUCUUCCGCGGGUUACAACCUUAAUAGUUUGUUCGUUGGAUCCGAAGGAACGCUGGGGCUUGUGACUGAAGCGACCCUCAAGCUCACGGUUGUGCCUGAAGACUUCUCGGUUGCAGUGGUGACGUUCCCUAGCAUCAGGGAUGCUGCGGCUGCCGCGGCUGAAGUGAUGCGCAACGGCAUCCCCGUCGCGGCCAUGGAAAUCAUGGACGAAGUCCAGAUGAAGGUCGUCAACAUGGGCGGUGCUACGGCUCCCCGCGUUUGGCAGGAACUUCCAACUCUGUUCUUCAAGUUCUCCGGCACCAAGGCCGGUGUUAAGGAGAACAUUGGCCUCGUCCAGAAGAUUACCAAGAACCACAAGGGUGGAAACUUCGAGUUCGCCAAGGACACACUGGAGCAGAAGCUGCUGUGGUCUGCUCGUAAAGAGUCGUUGUGGUCGAUGUUGGCACUGCGAAAGGACGGAGAAGAAGUUUGGAGUACCGAUGUUGCGGUUCCCUUCAGUCGUUUGGCAGACCUAAUCGAGAUCAGCAAGAAAGAGAUGGACGACAUGGGCCUUUUUGCGAGCAUUUUGGGCCAUAUCGGUGACGGCAACUUCCACGAGAGUAUCAUCUACAACCGGACGAUUCCCGAAGAGAGGGAGAAGGUUGAGAAGUGCGUCCACAACAUGGUGAAGAGGGCGAUCGACAUGGAGGGAACGUGUACUGGCGAGCAUUCAAUCGGCUGGGGUAAGAAGGAGUCGCUUCUUCUCGAGGUCGGCCCCGACACGCUCGACGUGAUGAAGUCAAUCAAACGGGCGUUGGAUCCGAAGUGGAUCAUGAACCCUGGCAAGAUCAUGGAUAUUCCCCCAGGAUCAAGGACGAACUUGAGCCUCUAG